AUGGAAAAGCUCCGUGUACCCCCCGAUGAGGUUCCCGAGACACUCUACCUCGUACACGACCCCUCAAAGGACCUACUUCCCGGCGAUGUAUCACACAGCCCCAAAAACUCUUACUCCCCUCGCGAUAUUGGCUUUCGUCCAUUUAAUCUCCUCUCUCUUAGUCAGAAAGCUGCCAGAGGCUCUUUUACUCGUCGUCGUGGCGCUGGAGACGGGCUGGGAAGAGACUCCCUGAGCAUCUAUGCCGCCGUGACGAAUGAUGUUGAGGCUGCAAGAAAUGAAGUUAUUACGAGCGAAAAUGAACUGGUGUUGUAUGAGCUCAAAGGAAGAUGUGACGACAUGAAGCGAUGUGCGAUUUUUAAGGCGGAAGAUCUCUGGCGUGGUCAGGAUAUCCGGGAAAUAGAGGAGGAAGACGAUGAAGAUUUGAGAGAUGAGAGACAGAAGAAGUUGCGAUCCGAGUGGUUGGUUUGGCCAAGUGUACCAAAGGAAGCGAUUCACGAUGUGAUGACAAAGGAGGAAAUUUUGAAAGAAACAGAACGAGAGGAACAGGCUUCCCAAGACCCCCAAGACUCCCAGGCAUCAGUACAGCAAAAUACUGCAGCGGAUCUGAGCCGCGAUUUUAAACACAAAACAACCACCAAGAUCAAAACCAGAUUCUCUUCAAGUUCAGAUGGCGAAAAUGCAUCAGGCUUUGUAUGUAAGAACUUGGGUUCGAACGACAAGCCCCAAUAUAUGGCCAUUCCUUCCGGUGAAGUGAAAUUCCCAUUCUCCACCAUCUACACCAUUGAGGAAAGAAAAGCGGGUCUGCAAUGUCUUGUUCAUUGGGGUCCUGGUAUCGAGCCCAGCUGGUUCGCUAUUCAAAAUGUUGAUACCAGGGCUGUCAAGGAGUUUCAGAAAUGCAAAACCAAAGCUGAGAAGAAGAAGCAGCCGUCAACUGGAGAUCCGAGUGAGAUCAUAUUUGAAGAGGAGCAGGUUGAAGGAGUGGAUAAAUCUUCUAGGAAGUUCUUGGUUAGAUGGACCGAUACAGGGAUAGUGACGUGGGAAAUUUAUGGGGUUGCUCCUGGCGUGACGAGGGAUGCUGCAUAUAAAUUUAUGGCGGAGAGGAAAACCUGGAAGAGAUAUCGAUAUACAUAA